CAUGGUGAGAUCUGGUUUGAUCAGGAGCCGACAGCGUCCAAGAUGCUCGCAAACAAGGUAAUGUUCUCCGGAUCGGCUCCGGAUGGAGGAGAUCCACCAGCAUUUCAGUGAUAGCCUCAACGACGGUAGAUAUGACCGAGGGCGGAGUUGAUACGGCGAACUACUUGGAGAUUGCGUUUGAAGAUGAUAUCGAAGCUGAGUCCUCCGCCCAAGGUGGGGCGAAUGCAGCUCGAUCUGAAGAUGGCAAGAGCCUGAAGCAGUUGGCAAGAGAGAAGCGCAUUGCAGAGGCGGUCCAGAGAUCGAAAAUAGAGUACAAGGAUGAGCAUGCCUUCACAGAGCGGGGCUGGAUUACCUCAGUGGCUGCUCAAGAACUCGCACAGACAUCCUCAAUUGACGCUCAUAAAUUUGAAAGCGUUCUCGUAUCGCUAUACUAUGGUAACCCUCCCCAAUACCAGGCCAUUGUCGAUUCGGUCAUAAGCGUCAUUGAUCCAAAAGCUAGGACCUCGGGAGGUCUGACAAGGGAGGUUUUGGACAUGGGGAUUCGGGCAGCCAUGGCGUGCGAUGAUUCCGUCGCGGCUGUUCGGCUUGCUCGUCUCAGCAAGCCAAUGUGGAAUCACCAAAUGGCAGGACUUGCGGCGGAUGCCUCGGAUGCCUUGGCAUCAGCUGGUCACCUCGCGGAAUCUUUAGAGCCUCUGCUGAUGUCGACUUCGAUACAUGGUCUACAUGUCCCACUCCUCGUACGGAUGCAGGGAGUGUUGGAACGGAUCAGAGGGACAUUGUCGGAAAGUCAAGCGCGUCGGGUGGAUCACCUCAUCUGUCAGAUCCACGAGAUCGUGACCAGACGGCGGACGACUUUCGACAGGCCGUUGCUGCCGGACCGUCCGGACGUAUUAUUGAAGAUGCCAGUGUACACCUCACUCGCAGCUGAAGCAGAAUCAGGGUCUGCUGAAGAACUCUGCUCCACCCUCGGGCUAUCUAUCGACAGCUUCGCCGCCCUUGAUGGUACCUUGCGGCGCCUGGAAAAAGGCCUUCGAGGCUCAGAUCCUCAGACUGAGGAACCCCGAAGUGUCCGAACGCUAUGAGCUUGAUGCAGGAGAUUAUGCACGAGACUUAUGCGAUGUACAAAGAUUGGUA